GCGAGCGGCGAAAUGAGCAGAGCCAGCAGACGACAGUGGCAGCCCGCCCGCCUCACCUGUGUAGGGUACCUGUUUCACUUGUCUCACCUGCCUCCCUGCACACUAUGUCUCCUGCCGCCUGAGGAAGCGAAGCACAAAAAACACCUCUAACCAGGCCGCCAGACAGACGUAGUGUGCAGAUUUUGCCCCGGCAUUGUGGGAUUGUCAACUUAAUACGAGAGUCGUGAAUAGCAGGAUGAAUGAUUGUGGAAGUGUAGAAAGCAACAGUGCAAGUGACACAUCUCCUUCAAGUAACAGCCUUAAGCAGGAUGGAGCAAGUUCUCUUGAGGAAAAUGGAACAAGUACCAGCAGAAGUGACACAAAGGUGGAGCAAGAAAUCAGUAUGGAGAAGAAGAGUGGACCUGACUUUUAUCCCCUCCACUACCUUGUGUGGCACAACAAUUACAGAAAACUGGAGAAGGAACUCACAGAAAAUAAGCAUAACAAGGAGUUACGUGACCCUCGCGGCCGAACACCUCUCAUGCUCGCUGUCACACUGGGCCACCUAGAGGCCUCAAGGGUACUUCUUCGCCACCACUGUAAUGUUAACGUAGAGAGCUCAGAUGGCUGGACAGUACUGCAGGAGGCCACAGCCACAGGAGAUCCAGAGCUUCUUGGAUUGGUCCUGGAGGGCCGAGACAUGCAACGCUAUUCCUCCAGGGUGGCUGGCAUCCCUACGCUGCUUGCAAAGCUCAAGGAGGCUCCUGACUUCUAUGUGGAAAUGAAGUGGGAAUUCACAAGUUGGGUGCCAUUAGUGUCCCGCAUGUGUCCAAGUGACACGUACCGUGUGUACAAGAGUGGCUCAAAUGUCCGUAUUGAUACCACUCUCAUUGGAUUUGAUCAGACCAGCUGGCAGCGUGGAAAUAGGAGCUACAUCUUCAAGGGCCACACUGAUGGUGCUACAAUGAUGGAAGUGGAUCAUGAGACUGGUCAGGUGUAUGUGGAGAACAUGCGAACACUCCCACCAGACCAGGCACAGGCGUACAUGCGGCCCCACCCCGGCAUGCUGUCCCAGCGGCUCACCACACCCAUUGCCAUCACCUACAUUGAUACUGAGAAGAUCAGUUUUGAAAGGGAUAAAGCUGGCAUCUGGGGUUGGCGAAGUGAUAGAAGUGAAAAUGUUAACGGCCAUGACUGUAAGGUAUUUUCUGCCACCAAUGUAGAACUUGUGACCAAGACCCGAACUGAACACCUAACUGAUGCUGACAAGGAGAAGACAUCUCCAAGGAGCCCUAUUCAGUCUUUCUUGAAUAUUGCUGAAGUGGAAGAAAAGCAAAACUCUCCUUCAUCAUCUGAGGAGAGUGAGACAGGCAACCUUAACAAUCCUACCAACAUUACUGCGGAGGAAUAUUUCAAUCCUGAGGUGGACCUGCAAGGACGCGACAUUGGGCGACCCAAGGAAGUUACAAAAAAAGUACAAAGCUUCAAGGCACACUUGUGGCUGGCAGAGGAGUAUCCUCUCAAGCUCCAGGACCAGGUGAUGCCCAUUGUGGACCUCAUGGCCAUCAGCUCCUCUCACUUUGCCAAGCUAAAACACUUCAUUCAGAUGCAGCUCCCAAGUGGAUUUCCAGUGAAGAUCGAAAUCCCACUCUUCCAUGUGUUGACAGCAAGAAUAACUUUUGGAAACAUUUUUGGUGUUGAUGUUCCCAUCAACAAAGUGUCCACUGUGGCUGAGGAAGAUAGACUGUCUUGUGUUAUUGAGGAAGAUGCAUUUGAUCCUCCACCGAGUUAUACCGUCAUAGGUCACUCGGACCAGCAGCAUCUGCAGAUGAGCUUGGAUGAAGAUGAUGCACUGCUGCAGUAUGCCAUUCAACAGUCCUUAGUUGAGGCUGGCACAGAACAAGACCAAGUGGACAUCUGGGAAGCACUGCAGGCUGACCACCGCCCACCGCCUGGGAAACAAGGACCCAAUUCCAAGCCAGGAUCACGUCCCAACACUCCAGCACAGCUGGGACUACAGACAGUGGAGGAUGCACAGCUGCAAAGAGCCAUUGAGGAGUCGUUGGCUUUGAACACUAAGGGAGGAGGUGGCAUUCAGCCCUCCUCUCAACCCACUACUCUGCCCCAACUGCGCAUGGAGCCAGAGGGGGAUGUAGCUGUGCCUGGAGGUCUGGCUGUGACACCAGGAGGCAGCAUAUUGGACUCAGAGAUGGCUAUGGCUCUAUCUCUGUCACAGCAGCAUCAAGAAGAGGAGGAGGCCAGAAGGAGACAGGAAGAAGAAACUUUAAAGCGCAUUCUUGAAUUGUCCCUCACAGAGAAAUAAUGUAAACUCUACUCUAGAUGAGAAUAGCUAAGAAUACUGCCAUAGUACACUUUAUAUAAUACAGUUGUACUACUUGGUACUGAUGGGAAAUAAGAAUGUUGGGAUUCCAAGGCAAAAUAUCCGAGUUAGGAUGUGGAAGUUUAAUUUGCUAAUAUUACGUAAAAAAGAUAAUACUCAUUGUUACAGGAUGCUGUAUUUGUUACAGAGACUAUUUUAUGAAAACUAAGAAGUUAGGUUCCAAAUUUAUUUGGUGGAAAAUAGAUGCUGUUGUAAUUUGUUAAUAGUUUUUGUUGACACCUAGUGCCUCUUCUUAGCCAUUUUGUACACUGCAAUGCUUUUGUCUGGCACUGUUAUUUCAGUGACAGCUAUGAUAUCAGAUAAUACUGUAUAUUCUUUAUGAAUAUAUGAGAAAAUUAUUUGAGCAUGAGAUUUCAUCUAUAUUAAGGUGAUAAUUAUGAUUAUGAUUAUUAUUAUUAUUAUUAUUAUUAUUAUUAUUAUUAUUAUUAUUAUUAUGUGAUUAUUUUAUAUUAACUUUAUGUUGGUGAUUUUUAUAAAUGCCAUUGUUUUGCUGGUGAAUGUGAAGUGUGACUAUUCAUAUGCUAAAAUAAUAAUAAUAAUUAAGUCUGAGCUUUACUUUCAAGUCUUUCAUGGUACUUUAUAAAUACAUUGUCAGAAUAUAUAUAUAUGUAUUAAGUCAGAAUAUUAUUAAUCUCAAGAUUAAGUCUUGCAAGAUAUCAUUAUUAGUUUAUUAUGGAAAUGUGUAUGGAAAUCCAAGUCUGUUGCAAUAGCAUUUCUUUCCUACUGAGUAUAAGAUAAUGAAAUUUUAAGGUUUGAGUUCUUCAAUCAUAGAAGUAGUUUUUAAUUUGUUACAAUUGACUGCUUCACUGCUGCAAGUUAAUCCAGUGGUCUACCUCAGUCAAUGGAUGUUUCUACAUGUAUUCAGAUCAAAGCAGACAACACAAAACUGCUUUAUUUCAUAUAAAUCCAGGAACAAGAUCAGCCACAGACUAUGCUGCCACUAUGCAUUCACCUAUUUCUUGACUUGCAGAUUUUUAAAUGAUACUUAUUGAGAAUCCCUUCACAAAAUUCUACAAUCUGAAAAUAUUCAAGGGCUUAUAUGACACAAGAACUCUCCAGUAUUAGCAGUGUUAACUUCAUGCAUUUCAGAGUGCACUGCACAGAACUAAAGCCUCACAUCACUGACAGGUGACAUGAGAAUGCACUUGAUAUCCCCUCACGUGGGAUGCUAAUAAGUUUCCGUAUACACAUUAUGGCUCACUCUUUUAUCAAAUAUUCAAACCAUCAUACUUUAAUACACAUCAGAAAACUAUGUAAUUUUUUCUGCCAACAAGAAAGCUGUAACAGUCUUUGUAGCAGCAGAAAUUAAAGCAAGCUCACACUCACUGAAUCCCAGUUUUCACAAGUACAAUAAUUGACAUGCUUCAGUAUUCUAAAAUCCAGUUCUAGCCAUUCUGAAUAAGGGAUUUUCAACUUGUAUCAGUGUUGCUAUUCAGUAGUGUUAUACUCAUUCCCAGCCCCAGGUCCAUAUCACCCUAUUCCUCAGUGGUUUCGCAAACUGAGGCUGUCAUAUUGUUUUGUAACAUGGGACAUGAUCAUGAAAAAUAAUGAACAAAAUUAAGAUGUAUAGAAAAAUUCUGUUAAAUGAUCAAAUUAUUAUAUUCUUGUGCAAGUCUUAAUCCAGCAGCAAUGAAAUAUAUGUAAUGUAAGCUUAAAGAUUAUUUUGUAUUAUGUAUACAGAUGCAGUACAUAUUGCAAAUGUAUCAGCUACAGUGGAACUAAAGAAAUGUUGGGGUAUUCUAUUUAUGAGCCAUAAUGAAUGGAAUGAGAUGCCUGUGCAUGAUGUUAGCUACUGGCUACAGUAUUACAGUAAAUCAGAAAUACUUUGGUUCUUUUCAUCAGUAAUCUAGGGCAUGUGUGCUAUAUCUUUUGCAAACACUACUAUAUGUAUUUCCAGGAUUUAUGUGACAAUAGUCCUUACAAUGGCUGAGAACACUGUUGUGUUCAUGGUUCACUUAACAGGUGGGAAAUGCAUUUCAGAAAGUGUUAAGCCCCACCAAACCAUGAUGGACAUGCGUUUACAAUCAUGUUCUUGACAUUGUAAACUACAUUUGCAAUAUGUACCCUCCUCUUCUGUAUAAAGUCAAAAUACCCAAAUACUGGGAUCUAGAUCCUACUUACACUCAAAAUAGUGUUCUUUAAAGUCAUAAAGCAAGACAAUAAGCUGAACUAUAGGUAUACUCCUCUUGUUCACUGAGGACUGGUGUAAAUUUAAAAGCUCAACUUUCCAACAACAAUAAUACAAUUUUGGCAUCUUAUUCCUAGGACAUCUUAUAGUAAAAGAUCCCUGGCCUGUGUUUCACUAAGACAAUGGGUGACAAAUUUAAAUAACUCUGUCUUUUUGCAAUGUACAAGUAGCCCCUUUAUAUGGUAUGGUACUAAUAUUCAGCAGUGCUUCCUCUAGGUUUUGCUGCAGUCCCCUGAUUUCCUGGAAAAAAUGAAAUGGUGCUUGUGCCAACAUUCCCUUCUGCAACUAUACUUUUGGAUUCAGUAGUUUUAAGAAGAAUGGUAUGGUGUGCAGCAACUUACAAAAGAGCUGAAAGUACAUGGGCAAGGUAUGUGUGUAGUGGAUUACAUGUCUUAAUUCAUUGUACCAUUAUCAAAUUUCAUCAUUACAUUUAUGGAAUAAUGUCAACAAAGUUACUAGCUGGGAGUGAUCUUAUAGGCAUUUUAGAUUUUCUUUUCUUUUUCUUUUAUUCUUAUAGUUACUACACACUAUAAGAGUGCGGAUGUGAUUAUAUUUUGCAGAUUUGUUACUGCAACAAUUUCUGCUCAUAUGCAACAUAUGCUUUAUUCUCAUGUAUAUUUAUAUUAGUUCUGAUCAAUCUGUUGAUACUCUGCAGCCAACCUGACUGCAUUUAUGCUAACUUUUACUUCUUUUGAUCAGCUAUUUGCAUUUGUGUAAUAUGUGAUAAUGGAGUUAUUCAUUGUAACAUAAUAUUACAGGAUUUAUAUCAGGAUAUCUCAGGCACAAUAAUACUGAUGACUUUUACCAACUUCCCAAUUUUCAUUUUUUUUUUUUUCCUAAAUAUCCAUGAAUAAAUUGAACAACUUCAGCUAAUGUAGAUUUGAUUCAAAGUAAAACUAACACCAUCAAUAUAUGCUAUAAUACAAUGAAGUUCCCUAUGUAAAAGUAUAUUUUUUAUAGUGGUGUGCUAAUUGUAUAUAAAAGCAUUUACUUAAACUGUAGGCCAGAUCUAGUUAAACUGGUAAUUGUAAAGAAGCAUAAAAUGUCAGGAUGGACCUUUAAAGAAUUUCUUUAUAUCUGUAAAGCCUAUUUUUGCUAUAACUGUCUUUUUAUGUCUAUCUGUCAGGAACCCUCAUUCCUAAAAAGAGCCUUCAUGUUCCAUGUGUCCACUGUUACUAUCUUAUGGCUGGACAACAGCAGUGUAUGUUAUAUGUAUACACACUUCAUACUGCUUUUCAUAUGUAGAAUGUAAAAGCUGAUUAGUCAAGCAUAUGUACUUAACUAAAAUGUGAGGAAGUUGAUGAUGAAAGGUGAAGGUUGUGAUAGGUUUGGUAAGAGUCAACUUUAAUGAGAGAACUAGUCCAUGUUAUGACAAUAUAAGGCAUGAACUGUGACUAAAAGUAAAUGUUUUGGGAGGGAGCAAAAGCUAGGAACUGCUAGGAACAACAAAUAUUUUGUUGUUGCUGUUUUUGUGACAAUAUAAAGCAUGAUCUGUGACUAAAGGUAAAUAUUUUUGGAGGGAGCAAAAGCUAGGACCUGCAUUAACAACAGAUAUUUUGUUGUUGCUGCAUUAUGGUAAUUUCAUUAUGAAAGUACUGUAAGUCAGUCAGAGACUGUUUAUAUCUAUAGCAAUGAUCUUAUAGAUUUACAUAGGCUAUUAAUGCCACCUCUAGUUAAAUGAACUGAACUUUUCAGAGGAACUAACACCUUGCAUUACUUUUAUGAGCCUUCCAGUGCUGAACUUUUCAUGUACUGUGAUAUGUGAAGAGUCAAGGUAUCAGUACUUCCAAGAGCCAUAUCUUACAGUUAGAAAUGUGUAUGAAAGUUGUGAGGAAAAUACGAAUGUGUGGGAUUUAGAGAUUACUGCAGUUGCCUUGAAAUAAAACAAUUACUGCCAAAUAAAAUCCAUCUUCUUUAAUAAA